AUGGAUUAAAUUAAAGUAAAGCAUUCUCCUAUAAAUCAAUUCUAAAUUUCAGAUAAAGAGGUAUAAGUUUACUUAUAAAUUAAGUUUCCACUUUCAUUAUAAUUUAUUAAUGAUACUGUUUUAAUGGCAAUGACUGAUUUUUCAUUGAAAUGGAUUGAUUUAAAUACUUAAUAAGUUAUAUGGGAAUAAAAAAACCAUCAUCAAAAAAGAAUAUAAUAAUUGAUAGUUGAAAAUAAUGUUGCAUUUACUUGUUCUAAUGAUAGAACAAUUAAAGUGCUUGAUUUACAAUCUAAAUAAUAAAUUCAUUAAUUUAAGAAUGAAAAAGAAUUUUUUUCAAUAGCAAAAUCUAAACAUAUUUUGGCAGGUGGAAGUGAUGGAAGAAUUGAUUUUUAUGAUCUUAAUGUUAUGAAAUGGAGAUCUAGAUUUGAUUCAUCUUAAAAUGAAGAAUUAUCUUCAUUAAAUUUUCAUCCUUAAUGUUAAACAUAACUCUUAUCAUCUUCAACUGAUGGUUUAUUAGUAUAAUAUGAUUUAACUUAAAAAAAUGAAGAAGAAUCAUUAUAAAUGAUGAUUAGAUUUGAUUAACCAUUAAAUUCUUGUGGAUAUUGGAAUAAUUUAUGUUUUUGUGUUACGACCACAAAUUAAAUUACGAUCUUAGAUUAAUAAAAUGAUUAAAAAUUAUAUCAAUUCUAAGCCAUAAAAAAUGUACAAUAUAAAUAUUCAUGAAUAGGAUGAAUUCCAUGAAGAUUACUUGAUUGAUGUUAUGGCUGAUCAUGAAUUUAAAUACUAUGUAGGUAAUGGAAAGGAUAUCUAUUAAAAAAAUGAAAAAUAAUAAAUAGUUGCUUUAUACGGAACUAAUUCAACUGAGUAAAUUAGACAUAUUAAAUAAUUUAAAGAUUGUUAUUUAUUAUUUAGUGAAAAUGGAUUACUUGAAAUAUUGAAACCAUAGCAAUUUGUUUAUUAAGCCUAAUCAAUAGAAUAAGAGGCAUUAGAUUUAAUUGAAGAAGAAGACAACGAAAAAAAAUAAAAAAAAACAAGAUGAUAUUUAUAAUUGAUUAUUNAUUGGAUUAGUUUAAAUUAAGGUAUAAAAAUUUCGAUUUCUAUGUUAAGAUUAGAAGUUCAUUUAAUACAUAAUUUUUUUUCUAUUUCAUAAAUUUAA